UCACUAAGUCAACCAAAGGUCAUGGCUGACUGAGAAUAUCAAGGUGGCUUCCAUCAAAUGUCUUGUUAGACAAGAUGAAGGUACUGUGUUAAGGUGUGGAGAUUCAAAUAGAAAAGAAGAAAGACUCUCCUGUCCCCACGGAAUUUACACUUUCAAGGGCUGACAUCUCUCUGCUUUCUGGGAGCCAGCUCUGCACAUGCAGGUAACAGGUCUGCAUCCACCCUAGGAAGAGAAGGCAAAGACAAUGUCUCUUCCAUUCUGAGAUUCUUCUCUCUCCCCAAGUCAGCUUGUAGAGCCCAAGGCCUAGAACCAGAGGAAAUGGCCCCUGCCACUCUGAGACCCUCAAUCCAGGAAUUGGUGACCUUCAAGGAUGUGGUUGUGGACUUCACUGAGGAGGAGUGGUGCCUCUUGGACCAUUCUCAGAAAAAGCUGUACAAGGAGGUCAUGCUAGAGAAUAUCCAGAAUCUGCUCUCCCUGGAUGUAGAGAACAAGUUUGAAGUAAAUGACAUGCCUAGAAAGCCGGGCCUUUUUGUGGAAGAAUGUGACUGGCAAAGAUUCAUUAGUGAUGCUUCCUGGGACUUCAAUUUGAGAGAAAUUCAUAACUUUAUUAUGAAGAUAACUAAAAACCCAAAGAGUAACUGUGAAUUGGGUGAAAUUGGAAAGAGAUUCAGACAGUCUUCUAUCCUAAAUCACUGUAAGAAAAUAACCUCAGCGAAUGACUGUCCUUCAGACAUUGAAUAUAGGAAAUGCUUUAGAGAACAUGGAAAGUUUUUUCAGUCCAUGGAGAAGGCUCCUGGAAUGCAAAUGUGUCCAGAUAAUCAGUGGGAGAUGGCUGUGAGCUGGAGUUCAGACAUCAAUAAACAUCAGAAAAGUGAUACUGGAGAAAUGCUUUGUGUCAGUAAUAAAGGUGGGAAGGCCUUGAGUAGGAAUUCUAAGUUCAUUACUCAUCAACAAAUUCCCAUUAGAAAGGAGCGUGAUGAAUAUAACAAAUGGGAAGCUCAGAGAAUCCACACUGGAGAAAAACUUAUUGAAUGCCAUCAGUGUGGAAAAGCUUUCACAGAGAGCUCCCAUCUUGCUGCACAUCAGAGAGUACACAGUGGUGAUAAACCUUAUGAAUGUAAUCAGUGUGGGAAGGCUUUCAGAAUGAGCUCCAGUCGUCGUAAACAUCAGAAAAUCCACACUGGAGAGAAGCCUUAUGAAUGUAAUCAGUGUGGAAAGGCUUUCACACACAGGAGCAAUCUUAGUAUACAUCAGAAAAUCCACCGUGGAGAGAAGGCUUAUCAAUGUAAUCAGUGUGGAAAGGCUUUCACACAAAGGGGCAGUCUUGCUGCACAUCAGAGAAUCCACACCAGGGAGAAACCUUAUGGAUGUAAUCAGUGUGGAAAGGCUUUCACAGAGAGCUCGUAUCUUGCUGCACAUCAGAGAGUCCAUACUGGAGAGAAACCUCAUGUAUGUAAUCAAUGCGGAAAGGCUUUCACACACAGGAGCAAUCUAACUACACAUCAGAAAAUCCACCGUGGAGAGAAGGCUUAUCAGUGUACUCAGUGUGGAAAGGCUUUCACACAGAACUCCACUCUUGCUGUGCAUCAGAGAAUCCACACGAGGGAGAAGCCUUAUGAAUGUAAUCAGUGUGGAAAGGCUUUCACACAAAAGUGCAAUCUUACUAAACAUCAGAAAAUCCACCGUGGAGAGAAGCCUUAUGAAUGUAAUCAGUGUGGAAAGGCUUUCACACAGAGCUACAAUCUUGCUAAACAUCAGAGAAUCCAUACUGGAGAGAAACCCUAUGAAUGCAAUGAAUGUGGAAAGGCUUUCACACAGAACUCCAAUCUUGCUAGACAUCACAAACUCCAUGGUUGAAGAAGCCUUAUAGAUAUAAUCAACGUGCACAGGAUUUCAAACUCAUCUCCAUCCUUGUUUUACAUCAGAUAAUUCACAUUGGAGAGAAACCCUAGGAAUGUCAUUCCUCAUAUGUGAGAGCAGGAUAUAGUUACUGUGUUUAUGUGCCAAUAAUCCUUAGCAGUGGUGGUUCAAAUUCAUGCAGUAUUCAUUAACUUUUCCUUACAUUAAAUAUUCAACAACUGUUGAUGGCAAAAUUCAGCACAUGCACAUGUGUUCUCAGUUAUAUCCAAAUAAGUUUUUGAUAGGUUUUAGAAUUCCAAACUUGGUCUGGUCUGUAGGUAGGCCACAGGAAGGGGCAGUACAUUUGGUGGGCUUCAAAGGACAGCUUGCCAGUAGGAAUUAAAAAUCUUUAAUUCACUGAAUAAGUAGAAGGCAACAACUGGCACAGGAAAUGAUGGAGAGGAAAGCUGGUAGAAUGUUGGACAAGCAGGACAAUCAACACAAACAGUACAUUCUGGAGUCUUACAUCAAUACAGUGAGCACUAGUUUACACGCAGUGAAUUGCUGGUUCAAAAAUGUAACUUUCCUCUGUGCUAAUUAUUAAAAUAAUAUAAUUUGAUUAUUUUCCAAAUGAUGGCAGGUUAUUAUUAUCACUCAUUAUUUAAAAUUUAACCUAUAAGUUUCCUUAUUUUGGAUAGCAGAGGUCCUAGUGCCUUAGAUUGCAGCCUUACAGAGUCCCUGAACACUGUCAGCAGGGCUGAGGAAAUCUGCUCACAGGUUAAGUCAGAAGUCCAAAGGAACCUCACAGACAAAGAUUUCUUCAGAGGAUUUUGCUAUGCUUUUCUCCCCACAGUCAGUCACUUGCUGUUAUCAUUAGUUUCUGCAUUAAAACAAAAUAUGCUUCAUUAUUUUUCAAAUAUUUUGUCUCAUUCUGUAAUAGAUACUUUUAUGGUCUAACAGCCUCCAGA